CUCUCCUGCGCGUGUGCACGUUGUACCAGUGAGCGUCUGCCCGUAUCCUGGCAACCAGACAUCAACUUCCGGUCAGCACGGGGGACAGCGGAGCGGGCACAGGUGCAGUGACAGUCCAGAGAAGUCAGUGACACCAAACCAGGAGGUGCCACCAUGCCGCACAGAGCCAAGCAGAGCAUCGCACCCGUCCUAGCUCAGAAGCCAAAUGUCACCAAACAGAUGAAGAUUAUUUCCAGGCGGAGGGAUGAAGAUGACUCCACAGAUAUGGGGGAUGGAGCUGAUGAAUGGAUGCAGGCCAAGACUCUGGUGAAACCUCCGGACCAGCUGGAACUCAGUGAGGCUGAACUUAAAGAGGAAUUCACUCGUAUCCUGACUGCAAACAACCCUCAUGCCCCCCAGAACAUUGUGAGGUACAGUUUCAAGGAACGGGUCUACAAACCCAUCAACAUCGUGGACCAGCUGGCCGUACACUUCUCCCUGGAUGGAAACAUGUUACACAAAGACUCGGAUGAAGCGCGGCGGCAGAGGGCGAAGUUGGGGGUCAUUGAAGAGACUCAGACCAGCGACUCCGCAGAGGCGGGAGACAAAGACACAGACGGGAAGUCUGAUGCUCAGACCAGUGAGGAAUGGACUGAAGAUGUGGAAAUACCAUCCAGGAACAAGAAGGAGAAAAAACCGACCAACCAGUUCAAUUACAGCGAGAGAGCGUCCCAGAGCAUUAACAACCCCCUGCGGGAACGAGCUUCUCAGACCGAGCCGCCCCCAAGGGCCACCUUCUCCGCCACUGCAAACCAGUGGGAAAUUCAUGAUGCGUAUGUAGAAGAGUUACAGAAACAAGAGAAGAUGAAAGAGAAACAGAAAGCACCGGCAACCAAGAAAGAGGAUGAACUCCAUUCCAAGAGAAAACUACCUACUGCCGAAUCUCUGAGCGAUGACAUCAGCAAAGUGGUGAAGUCUAGUAAGAUCAUGGAGAGGAUGGUGAACCAGAACACAUUUGAUGACAUCACACAAGACUUCAAGUACUUUGAGGAUGUCGCCGAUGAGUUCAGGGAGCAAGAAGGAACGCUUCUGCCGCUAUGGAAGUUUCAGUACGAUAAAGCCAAACGCUUGGCUGUGACUGCCCUCUGCUGGAGCCCCAAGUACAAAGACCUGUUUGCGGUUGGCCACGGAUCCUAUGACUUCAUGAAGCAGACGCGGGGGAUGCUGCUCCUCUACACCUUGAAGAACCCGUCCUUCCCGGAAUACAUCUUCAGCACAGAGAGUGGAGUCAUGUGUCUGGACAUCCAUAAAGAACACCCGUACCUGGUGGCCGUGGGCUUCUAUGAUGGGAACGUGGCCAUCUUCAACACCAAAUCCAGUAGCCCCCAGCCAAAGUACAUGAGCUCCGCCAAGUCCGGCAAACACACCGACCCCGUGUGGCAGGUGAAAUGGCAGAAAGAUGAUCUGGACAAGAAUCUGAAUUUCUUCUCUGUCUCUUCUGAUGGACGAGUCGUUUCCUGGACCUUGAUAAAGAACGAGUUGGUUCACACAGACGUCAUCCGGCUGUCGGGGGAGGAGUCUGCGGAGAUCGGGGCGGAGGGUCUCCAGCUGCAGAUGAAUGGCUGCGGAACGUCCUUCGAUUUCCACAAACAGAUCGAUUAUCUCUUCCUGGUCGGGACAGAGGAAGGAAAGGUCCAGAAGUGCUCCAAGGCUUAUUCCACCCAGUUCCUGGACACGUUUGAUGCGCACAAUUUGGCGGUGGACGCAGUACGGUGGAACCCAUUCCAUCCCAAAGUCUUCAUCACCUGCAGCUCGGACUGGACGGUGAAGAUCUGGGAACAUAACAUCAAGACUCCCAUGUUUGUGUUUGAUCUGAACUCCGCAGUGGGGGACGUAGCCUGGGCGCCAUACUCCUCCACCAUCUUCGCCGCCGUUACCACCGAUGGCAAGGUCCAUGUGUUUGAUCUGUCCAUCAAUAAGUACGAAGCCAUCUGUCAGCAGGCCAUCGUGGCCAAGAAGAAGACCAAACUGACUCACAUUGAGUUCAACCCCGUCUAUCCGGUGAUUAUUGUCGGGGAUGACCGCGGACAUGUCAGUUGUCUGAAGCUGUCGCCAAACCUGCGCAAACUGCCAAAGGAGAAGAAAGGACAGGAAGUCCAGAAAGGUCCUGAGGUGGAAGUGGCCAAGCUAGACCGGCUCCUCGUUCUGGUCCGAGAACCAGAGAACAAAUCUGCGUAAUGAGAUCACAGUGAUCGAUCCGGAGGAUGGUGGGCUGGAAGUUGGACUUUAUUGUGUAUCUGAGAAAAAAAUGAUUCCAUAUAAUGUAUAAAAAAAUAAAAUCUCUAUUUUUCAUGGCUGA